CCUGCCCUCCCUUCCCCUCUUCCCGGCCCAGCCGGGCACCCGGGCACAGUCGGCCCGAGCCGGGAGCAGCUCACCCCAGGACCACACAGGUUGCAGACUCAGGGAAGAUCAUGUCCACUUCAGGACCCUCCACACAGGCAGAGGAGCACAGCCGAGUGCAGGGAGACACAGAAGAGCAUAACUACGGAGAGACAGAUGCCCACCCGCGAGCCGGGGACGCCGGCCUCGGCUCACCCGGACACCAUGAGAGACACAAGCCCUCCUCCUCCUCCUCCUCUUCAUCUUCCUCUUCCUCCUCUUCCUCCUCCUCCUCAUCCUCAUCGUCAGACAGCAGUGAUGAGGACAAACGCCCCGGAGGCUCCAGGAAACACGGACCAGGUGGGGGUGCCGGACCUGCCCUCAGACGCGGCUCAACAGGUGCUGGGCACGGGGACUCUGACAUCUCCAACGAUGAGCUUCAACCCUACGGAGGGACCCCUGGAGAGCUGGUGCCCGCUGGGGAGACAGGGCUGCGAAGGAGAGACUCAGACGCGGUCAGCGGGGAAGUGGAGGCAGCUCAGUUAAGGAAACUGAACAUAAAGAAAGACGAUGAGUUCUUCCAUUUCGUCCUUCUCUGCUUCGCCAUCGGGGCCUUACUGGUGUGUUACCACUACUAUGCCGACUGGUUCAUGUCCCUUGGCGUUGGCCUCCUCACCUUCGCCUCCCUGGAGACCCUCGGCAUCUACUUCGGGCUGGUGUACCGGAUCCACAGCGUCCUGCAGGGCUUCAUCCCCCUGUUCCAGAGGCUGCGGCUCAUAGGCGUCAGGAAGACCGACUGAGGCUGGCCGAGCGUGAGCCCCGGGGCAUCCCCAGGGCACGCGGGGACAGAGCCGCAGUCCAGAGAGUGCCACCCCUCUCGCCGUCCGAACGCUGGCACCAGCCCGGGCCACACGUCCCUGGGGCAGCGUUCGUGCAUCCCAGCCUCCAGGGCCGGAGACAGAAGCGGGGGCGGGCCUGCAUCUUUCCCUGCAUCAGCACCAGGACCGACAUUGCGGGAGACAGGGACCUGGAACUCUGCACACAGUGCUCUCUCUGGGCUCCUCUCAAACUCCCAGACUGCCUCCAGGAGCCCUGAGGAGGCCGCGGCCCAGAUGUGGGGGACCAUCAAGCCUGGUGCCCCCGACGAAGGUUAACCUUGGCCAAGUGGGUGCUCAGACAGUCAAGCCGCCACCUCCAGCAUCUUCCCUCCGCCCCCUGCCUCAUGCC